UGCUGCCUGUACGGCGAAAGGCGCCGCUCUCCAGCACUAUGACCAAGUAGCAGCGGCAAAAGUGUAUCAUAUCUAACUUUUAAUUUUGUUGGCGUAAAACCCGCUGUGUCGCCAUGGCUUUCCCGUCAUCAUGGCAAACAGAAGAAGAGUCCCCCGGGACAGACACGGGAUGAUUUCCUAGCCAGUCGCUACAUUUAGGAAAAGUGCGUUUUUGGGUGUAACUUUGCCCGUACACCGGUAGUUGAAACGCACCCACGUCGGGGCCUCGGGAAAGGAUGUCUCAUGGCAGAAGGAUCGGUCAGCUCUGGGAGCACGGGUCCAACCCUCCAACCCAGGGACCCUCAACUCAACGCCAGCAGUUCCACGACGAUGAAGCGGCGUAUGGCGGACUACUCUGGAAGUGACUGAAUGGUUGGACGUGCACGGUUGUACUGAGACAGUGAGUUUUGGAGCGUAAAGGCCACCCUUGUGGCUCUUGCUCUCUCCGGUUCUGCUACAGGCGAGCCGUUCAAACUGCGACCACACCCUCCGCGCUUCCUGGUGCCGCGCUCCUUGCAGCGGGAGCGGCGCGUUGCAACGCUACUGCGACUUUUGCUUUUUUUGGGGGGGGGAUCUCCGUUUCGUUUUUAUUUUAGAGUGAGUGACUUAGCCCCGUGUGCUGCAAUAUUAGACUUGUACACGCACACACCCCGUGGCUUGCAGAGCAGCAGGUUAUGGAUCGCUGGACCCACUGCUACCUACACAGGAUAUGCGGGUGUGCACACUCCUCUCUCUGGAGUUGAGAUGAAGAAGGCGUAUGGUGGACAAUGCCAGUGGAAAUAAGACUACCCGACGCGCUACUUUCUGAUACUGGAUUGCAUAUGAAAAAGAAAAGAUUGAAAGUCGUCGGAGUCGUUGUGUCGUGUCUCCGGACGUUUUGCUCCUAGUGGAUUUACUUGUGUGGGACUCAUGGGAUGAUGAUGUCCAGCGGUCCAGCGGUGAAGAGAAACCCGGGCCCGGGUGGCACCCGGUUCAUAACAAGCAUGACUCUGUUUCUCAGUCCACUUGGGCCGAUCAAACUCAAUGGGGAUAACUCGGAUAAGUACUCGGUGCUGUUGCGUCCUACUUGCUCCCAUGCAAGUAGACAUACAAUAGUUGUCUUGAUAACGGCAUUGUAGGAAACAAAGCAACGCAAACAGAGAAGCUGAGACAGAGUCAUCUAUUGGGAAUGUAUCCCAAUCAAAAACGGUAAUGAGAUAUUGAGGCUUCUGUUUCUCGCCUGCACUUUGCCUUGUAUUUAGAAGGCGCUUGAGGAGCACUGAUAUGUGAUCAGUUACAACCUGUGAAUUGUAUUCUUUCACAAACACCUGGGACAACAGAUCGUUUUUUGUUUCGUUUUAUUUCCAGGGCAUUUCAUUUGUAAACCAAAUAGUUUGUCACACUGAUUGUAUAAUUGAAGGGAUUCUAUUUUUUGAUUCUUGUAUUGUUAAACUUCUAGUGACUAAAGAGCAUAACAGUUAUGUGACGGGGAUAUGGGUCAUCGUAGAGUUGGUCAUAUAGCUUGUUCUAUUUUAAUAUUUCAAAUUUGGCGAGAAAUUUACUCAAUUACAAUGGGCUCUCACUAGAUGUUUACAUUAAGAAUGCAUGACCUGUUUGUGGAUACAUAACACAAGGUUGCUUACCUAGACUCUGAAGGAUAUCAAAGAAGACAAGUUUGGCCAGUUUUAUAUUUAAUUUCUUUAAACCUGUUGCAUUUCCUCAUCUUUUAGAAAAAAGUCAAAAAUAACGCAGUGUGCAGCGAAAGCAACUUCAAAGUAAGCCGCAACCCCUCCCCUGCUAGUGCAGUGUUCAUCCCCACCUACCCACCCCCUCCUCCCCCUUCCUCCCCCCCUUUCUAUUAUGGCUAGUGGUGGCUCGGGCAAGUCAGCCAGCGACGGGUCCACCAGCGCACCGAGCGGCAGCGUGCAGCAGAGGAAGAGGCUCUCCUCGGUCUGUGACAUCUGUAAGGGCAAGAUGCAGCUGGUGGCGGACCUCCUGCUGCUCUCCAGCGAGACGCGGCCGGUCAUGAGCUCGGAGGGCGUGGCCGUGGCGGAGACCUUCGAGCAGUGCCGCGACACGGUGAUCGCCCGCACCAAGGAGCUGUCCAUCCUCACCCACGACAUCCAGAGCCAGCUCAACAUGGGCCGCUUCACCGAGGUGGGCGACCGGCUGCUCGAGAUGGGCGACCUGGUGGUGUCGCUCACCGAGUGCUCGGCGCACGCCGCCUACCUGGCGGCGGUGGAGACGCCGGGCUCCCAGCCCUGCCAGCCGGGCCUGGUGGACCGCUACAAGGUGACCCGCUGCCGCCACGAGGUGGAGCAGAGCUGUGGCGUGCUGCGGGUCACGCCGCUGCCCGACCUCUCGCCGCAGCUCCUGCUGGAGCUGUCGCAGAACAUGUCGGCCAACCUCAAGACUCUCACGGACUCCUCGUCGCUGGCCAGCGAGCGCUCGCGCGACCGCUUCGCCAAGGAGCAGUUCAAGCUCGGCGUGAAGAGCAUGAGCACCAGCGGCACGGCGUUCCUGGCGUGCGUGCGCGAGGUGAAGAACCAGCCCAGUGAGCUGACGCGCAGCCGCUGCGUGCUGUUCAGCGCCGCCCUGGUGCAGGCGGUCAACGCGCUGGUGGGCUUCGCCACGGAGCCCCAGUUCCUGGGCCGGGCGGCCAGCAUCUCCGGCGAGGGCAAGGGGGUGCAGACGGCGGUGCUGGGGGGCGCCAUGAGCGUGGUGUCGGCCUGCGUCCUCCUGACUCAGGGGCUGCGCGACGUGGCCCAGCAUCCCGAGAGCAGCUCCAAGAUGGCCGACUACCGGGAGCGGCUGCGGAACUCUGCGUGCGCCGUGUCGGACGGCUGCACGCUGCUCUCCCAGGCGCUCCGGGAGCGGUCGUCGCCCCGGACGCUGCCGCCCGUCAACUCCCAUUCUGUGAAUUAGUUUAGAGAGAGAGAGAGAGAGAGCGCCCGAAUUAUAACCCACCUCGCCGCCCUCCCUACGACGGCGACACCAAAGAGACUUGCUUGGUUCGGCCCUCGAUUCGUCAGGUUUUAGAGGAGGCAGUCGAGGAAGGCAGCCCAAGGGGUCCGCUUUCGGACGUAUCAGAACAUUCAACCGUGGUUCAAGUUGUUUUUCUAAGAGCACACAUAUACAGUUUGCAAAGGUGUUGCGUCGCGCUGGAUGUGACCAAAAAAAACCUUCCUAAGAAAAUAAAGAUAAGUGACCCUGUGGUCAUCGGCAGCCUGAUCCACGCUCCUUGGGGCCUCUUUCGCUAUGAAGACGGCUAAUGUCUCGAAACCUAAAACGUUUACCUCAGUUUUCAGAUCUGAUGAAAACAACAGCGUCGAUGGAUGGAUGUAGCCUUGAUGUGUAAACCUAUGGUUGGGUGGCCUGUACGAGUACUCAUACGUACGUUUGCAAGUUGGGAAGAUUGUGUAACUGAUUGGGUUUCUUUUCCGACGAGUGUGAAUUUUCAAAGGGUGGUAGCUGCUGUGAGUGUGUGCCAUAGGUUUUACACUAUUUACCGGACUUACAAUAGUAUUUUAAUUGUGUCUCUUUUGAUCAUGCAUGUAAAGGACUAUUUAUUUCAACUAUUAAAAUGAUGUUUCAGAUAAUAA